AUGGCUGCGUUAGCACAUGCCAUGUCGCCAAGGCUUCUAGGGCUUCGGCUGGCAGCAGCGGCGGCUGCACCAUCGGUAGUCGCGGUGACACCCAGAGUGGCGCUGAUGUUGCCGGCGAUAGCGUUUGCCACUGGUGCUACGACCAAACAUCGCUCAAUGACGAGCGCGACUGCACGACGACCAUCGAUUGGGCUAUCAACGUCGGUCCUGACUAUGCGCUCGCUAUCACCAAAGACUGAAUCGAUUGUCCUCAAAUGCAUCGCAACUCGAAGCAGCUUCACAUGCCAACAGCGGUCUCAAUCUACAGCCGCCGCCGAGCUUGCAUCAUCCAUGCAACCCGGCAGCAGCACCGCUCAAGCCUCAUCGACACCGCUCGUAUCGAAACGCAUCGUCGCUCUUCACCUGUAUGCACUCGCGUUCCUCGUCUACGCCAUCGUCGUUGUGGGUGGUCUGACGCGACUCACCGAAUCUGGUCUCUCGAUCACUGAGUGGAACCCGGGCUUCAAAGGUAUGCGUCUACCCAUGACCACCCCAGAGUGGCAAGCCGAAUGGGACAAGUACAAGCAGACACCCGAAUUCCUCCUCCUCAACAGCAAGAUGAGUCUCGACGAUUUCAAGUCGAUCUACAUGUGGGAGUGGGGCCAUCGUGUGUUGGGUCGUGUCAUUGGCGUUGCAUUUGUCCUCCCUGCCGCAUUCUUUGUCACACGCAGAUGGGUUGCCGCUGGCACGAGAUGGAAACUGCUGGCGAUUGCAGCGGGGAUAGGCUUCCAAGGCUUUCUGGGUUGGUUCAUGGUCGAGUCGGGUCUCACUGCUCCACAAGCUGGCAACAGUGACAAGCCCAAGAUGGCCAGUGUUUCGGUACCGGUGAUGAGAGACGAUCAUCCGAACUCUACCGCGGAUACGGAUGGUGGCAGGAUCAGAUUCGAUGCGACAGUUGCGGCAGAGCAGAGCACCUCGACUCUGUCGUCGCAGACCACGGUAGCAGCAGCAGCAGCAGACUGGACACCGCGAGUGUCGCAUUUCCGACUGGCCAUGCAUAUGGGCACGGCAUUCCUCGUGUACCUCGCCAUGCUGCACACUGGACUUGCAGUGCAGCGCGACUACAACACGGCUACCAUGAGCGGUCACGUCUCUGGUGUCCGUGCUAGGUCGCAAGCUGCGCUCGAGCAGCUCGCAAACACGCUCAACCAUCCGCUGCUGCGUUCGCAUUCUCGACUCACCAAACUGGUCGCUGGCCUCGUCUUCACCACCGCCAUGUCCGGGGCGUUGGUAGCAGGCUUGGAUGCGGGAUUGGUUUAUAACGAGUUUCCCACCAUGGGCGAUGGGCGUAUUGCACCACCCAUGCACGAGCUCAUUGACGACCGUUUCGCCCAACGCGCCGAUCGAUCCGACAAAGUGUGGCGCAACCUCACGCAGAACCCGGUCACUGUGCAACUCAUCCACCGUACACUCGCCAUCACUACCGCCACCACGGUCGUCUUGCUCGCAUGGAGAACGCACCGUCUGAACCGCACUUACGCAGCAGCUGCUGCCAACAUGGCCAAAUCGUCGUCUUUGGCGUCUUGCUCGCUCCUGCCAUCUCUGCCACCGAGACUGUUGUCGUUGGCCAACAUCUCGGUAGGCGUAGUGGCUUUACAGGUUACACUUGGUAUCACAACAUUGAUCUACUUGGUCCCUAUUCCGCUAGCCUCGGCGCACCAGGCUGGCUCUCUCGCUUUGCUUUCUGUUCUGCUCGCUUCCAUAUCGGCAUUGCGCCCCAUCCCCACAGCUAUCCUUGCCGCCCUGCGCUCUGGCAACUCUCAUGUCCUCAGUCGCUCUACCUCGUCGUCCAGUUCCCUUCACGCUCACACGCUAAAGCGUGUCCGUGCAUGA